ACACAGACAAAAACAAAACCAAGAACAAGGACAAGUAAAAACAAAAAAACAAAAGCAUGAGUUUCAUGAAUUUAACCACCGUCACUGCUUUCAUCUUCAACUAACCCCUUUCCCAAGUUUCAUUAAUCCUCCUAAUUUUCUUCAUUCCUUUUUAUUACUACUUCCCAUCUUUAUCUUAAUUUAAUUUCAUCAUUCAGAUAACCCAAAUCUUCUCCUUCAAGAUAACAAAAACGCUUUUUUUCCUUAUACGUCGUCAAAACGCAUAAUUCAAACAAAAAAACUGACGCAAAAGGAAAAGAAGAAAACAACAUCGUUGGUCAAAUCAAUUAAGGUUUCAAUUUUGUCGUGUUUCCGCAACACGAUGGUAUCAGAAUCAUCGUCAUCUAGAAGAAGAAGAAGUGUAAGUAAUAACACUAUAAAUUGGUUUGAAACAAGUUUUCCUUCGUGCUGAUUCUUCACUUCAGAGCUGAUCACGUGAUCAUGAUUCCUCGUACGUGGCAACGGUUUCGAGCUGCUGCUUCUCAAGAAGAGGGUGGUUCUUCUUCUCGGAAUGUGAUGUUUUCUGAAGAGGCUCACCGUGCUAUGGCGGCGGAUAGAGUUCGUUCAGUUCCUUUGGCUGAUGUUGUCGGUGGAGUUAGCGAUAGCUUCUCCACUUAUUCCUGGUUUGAUUUUCAGCAGAUUGCUAAGAUGGUUGAUCAGAUUCUUCCUUUUUCGCUCUUGUUGUUGAUUGUUUUGAUCCGAAGGCAUAUGGAAUAUUUCUUUGUCACAAUCGGUGCAAUAGCUGUAAUGUUCAGGUCAAAUGAACUUGUUAAGAAACAGACUGCUCUGAAGGGAGAUCGGAAAGUCUCCGCUCUUCUUGGUCUUUCCUUUUCCUUCAUGCUGUACGUGAUAUGCAUUUACCAGUUAUAUGGAAAUGAUGAUGUUUUAUUCCCUCUGGCCAUGUUUCCGCCAGAAACAACACCAUCUUUCUGGAAGGCAAUAUUCAUCAUUUUGGUUAAUGAUACAAUGGUGCGGCAAGUGGCAAUGGCUUUCAAGUGUUUGUUGCUGAUUUACUACAAAAAUGGCAGAGGUCAUAACUUCCGUCAUCAGGGUCAAAUGUUAACUCUGGUUGAGUACACACUGCUGCUAUAUCGUGCUUUCUUGCCAGCACCCGUUUGGUACCGAUUUUUCUUUUACAUGGACUUUGGAAGUCUCUUCUCAUCAAUAAUUACAGGAUUGUAUCUAACGUUCAAGUUAACAUCUGCAGUUGACAAGGUCACAUGCGUACUUUUUGCCUUAAAAGCAUUAUCAGAAGACGAAAUUCAUUAUGGUGUUUAUGCUACACCAGAACAGGUAAGUGCUGCUGGUGAUCUGUGCACUAUAUGCCAAGAGAAGAUGCAUGUUCCUAUCCUGGUUCGCUGUGGACACAUGUUCUGCGAGGAGUGUGUAUCUGAAUGGUUUGAGAGAGAAUGUACUUGCCCGAUGUGCAGGACAUUGGUAGUACCGGCUCAUCUGCGGACCUUCGGAGACGGAUCAACAAGUUUGUUUUAUCAGUUCUGUUGAUAUCGCAUUAUUGCGCUAAAAAGUAAAAUCUUCCUUCCAAAUGUUUAGUAAUAAUGGAUGGAUUCUAUGAAUUCGAGAUUGAAGGAAAUAAAAAAUAAAAAUAAAUUUAUGGCAAUUCAAUCAAAGUUUUCUUUCGUUUUCUUCUACCCUUUAUUUUUUUUCUUUUUCAUUAAAAAUGCAAGGAGGUCUGAUAUACAUUAUAGACAUACUUGUUCAAAAUAUUCAUUCACCCCUCACCUCAUGAUGAUAAUGACAUAUUGUUAUCUACAGUCAUUAUGCUUUAUGAGACGAUCCAUGAUAACAAUUGUGAUAACCAUCAAGGCUUUUAAAGUGUAUAUUUGGGAUUUAUAUCUAAAAAGUGGGUUUAUGGUGGACCACUUUCAUUGUCAAUUCAGUUAUCAUUCAAAAUAUCAACAAUGGCUGAUGUAUUUCGUGAGGUGGUGAAUUGAUUUAGGGGUUUCUUUCUUACUACCUGUACUGGUCCGAACACAAUGGGUGGACCCUGUCAAAUAAAAAUGGGACAAAAAUAUGAGAUAAGACAAGGACACAACUCAAACAGGAACCGGAUUCUGGUUAUUCCUUUCGUUCCAAUUUAAUUUGAAAACAAAGGCAAUUUACUUUGACUCUUUGUGCAACGUUCUAUUGGUUUCAUACUACUAUGUGAAUACUUUGACUCCUUUUUAAUGUAAUUUUGAUUAGGGUCACAGAGUUACAUCUCUCAUUUGCUAA